AUGAACAUUCUUCCUUGGAUUUCUGUCGCGUCAUUAGUUAGGAUCGAUACUAGCGAGAACGAACGUUUGAAGGAAACCUGUGGAGCGAUAAGACUUCAGCAAAUUGACCCGAAAAGAGGACCACAGCUGAUAUCAAAUGGUGAACCUGUGGAUAGCAACGAGUAUCCAUUUGCUGUCGGGUUGUUUCCGUUUAAAGUAGUCCCUCAGGGACAUCUCGGAAAAGUCUGCAGUGCUUCGCUGAUCUCCCGUCGCCACGUUAUCACCGCAGCUCAUUGCGUAUACGACGUAAACGAAGAUAAACUUAAAUUAUGGAGGAAGCACCCAGAGCUUGCGGAUCCACGAAUCUUUGAGAACAUGGAGAUUCAUGUCGGAAGCAGAUGUCCAACUUAUCGUGGAUGUCCCGGUGAAACGGUUUACACACCUCGCUACGUUUUCCCACAUCCAUGGUACGAUCGCCUUGAUCCCAGGCAACAUUACGACGUGGCAUUGAUUGAACUAGACAAAGAUGUUGAAGAGACCGUCGCGUCGCCUAUUUGUCUUGCGGAGGAAAACAGCACUGUUGAGGGUCCCAUGGUCGCUAUUGGAUACGGGAAUGACUCACGUCGGCAAAUCGAUGGGUAUCGUCCUCUUCAAAAAGUGAAUUUAACCGUUGUAGGAAGUAAGGAUGGACAACUUACAACGUUUCAUUGGGAAAACACAUUAACCAAGGGUGACAGCGGUGGCCCACUUUUCCGCCACGACCAAAGAAACAGAGCUGUUCUAUAUGGAAUUGCGUCUGCCAUUCUAGAACCGGAAUCGCCUCAUCCAGGAGAAGUCAACUUUUUCGCCGACGUGCGGAGAUUCUCUAACUGGAUUUGCGCCGCUACAGGUGUAUGUCCUCUUGACAAGAGCAGCUACAAGAGACCUCCUGAAGUCGCCCUGGAUAGAGAAACUGGAGUAGAUUGCAUACAAGGUAAAGCGUUCCUGACCUCCGGACCUCUUCCAUGGGGAAACCAUGAAUCCUAUUUAUGUAAUCUCCCAAUUUAG